AUGGAUGAGACCUCUCCCAGAGACCAGAAUAGUGACCAGUUCAGGGACAUAUUAUCAAGCGCUCUCAUCGAAAAGAUACAAAAACCGCAGAAGGGCCGUGGGAACAAGCAAAGGAAAAGAGGCAGGGCGGCCAAUACCGGAACUGCAGCCGUUAGCAAUGGAGAAGCAGCCUCUGAAGCAGAUGUAGAGGAGCUGUCAGAGUUCUCAGACUACAUUGCCUCGAUCGUGUUCGAGAACCUGCCUCUGGAACUGCAGACUAUCACCCACCGGGUCUGGGCCGAGAGCCCUGGCCUGCAAGAGGAAUACGCCCUCCCACUCACAAGCAACGACAUCUCGGACAAGAUCACGCCGACCCUCGACCCAGAGGUAUCGGAAUCCCUCACCACAUACGGCAUCCUCACGCCCCCAGCCGAGGACAUAACCACCUUCCUCGCGCCCAUCCUGACCGCCUACCUCACAGCCACAACCACCCCACCCCCACCCCCCUCAGCGACCAGGACCCUCACGACCGACUGCGAGAUCUGCGGCCGCGACUGGGUGCCCCUGACGUACCACCACCUGGUCCCGCGCGCCGUGCACGCCAAGGCCCUGAGGCGCGGCUGGCACCGCGAGGAAGACCUCCAGGCGGCCGCGUGGCUGUGCCGCGCGUGCCACUCGUUCGUGCACCGGCUCGCGGGCAACGAGGAGCUCGCGAGGGAGUACCACACCGUCGGGAGGCUGCUGGCGCGGGAGGAGGUCCGCGGGUUUGCGGCGUGGGUCGGGAGGGUGCGGUGGAGGGCGAGACAGCAUGGGACCCAACCGCGCACCGCCGCGGCCUCGCCGCCCUCGCGCGGUGCUGCAGGGUCAGCAAGCCAUGGCACGCCGGAGGCAUCACCUCACCUCUGGUCACGGCCGUGCUCCACCCGGCUCGACCUGAGCGAGGUCCUCGCACGCGCCGCCCCGGGCCCGCGGCGGCGGUACCACGCGCGCCUGGUCGGGGAGGGCGUGGUCGUGUGCCGCUGGGGGCCAGGACCGGCCGAGGGCCGAGGCGCUGCUGUGCGGGCUGGAGUUGCCCCGGUUCAGGAGGGUGACGGUCCUCCAGGGGUCUCUGCGUCUACCAAGGACUUGAGGCGGCUGCGAGAUCGAUUGCCGCGCUUGGAGCACUUCGACCACGAUCUGGUCGUCCAGGAUGUCACUGACAUGAGGAUAUGGGAGGCACCAUCGCAUGCGGGCUUGUGUUACCUGCCACCGGUAGACGCCCUAGCAAGAAUGUUUGGGGACUGA